AUGGGUAAUAAUAGUAGUAGAUCAAAUAAUAAUAAUAAUUUGACGAUACCCAAAACAAGAAAAACAAGAACUUCCUCUGAUUCUGGUCAAAAAGAAUUGUUUUUAUCUCCCAAUAACCUUCAUAUAAAUAAUGAUUCAUCUAAAUCUAAAAAACAUCAAAAAUCAAAUAGUAUAGCCAACAACACCUAUGAUAAUAAUAACAAUAAUCAUUUAAAUACUUCUAAAUCGACAACGGUCUCAUCAAAUCAAAAAAAUAAUAAUAAAUCAAAAUAUAAUAAUAAAUCAAGUAACAGUGAUAAUAGCAACAGCAACAAUAAUAAUGAAAGCAACAAUAACAAUAGUAAUCAAUCGAAUUCAUUAUCAACAUCACCAUUGAAUCUAUCGGUACCACCCAAUUCACCAGAGGCAAAUGCUCUCUACUAUUCAAAGUCACUACCAAACUCGGUUGGAAAGUGUAUGGGUAACUCUCAUGAUAGUCAACUACAACAGAUAAAGUCUCCAAAUGACUCAGCACUACAAAAUAUGGUCAUAUCAGAUGACAAUAGCAUUUCAACUACAUCAUCACUUGACAAUACAAAUAGCAAUAACAAUAAUAGCAUGAUAAGACAACCAUUAAUACAAUCUUUACUUAAACAAAUAUCAAACACUUCAAGUACAAAUACAAAUGAAGAUAUUAGUAAUAGUAUAGAUAUAGAUUGGAGUUAUAAAGAAUUAAAUGGUAUAGAAUGGCCAGUUACAAAUGAAUUCCCAAUCGGACUUGGUUUUAUAAAGAGAAUAGAUAUUUCACAUAAUCAGAUCGUUGACAUCCCAAGUUGGAUUGUGUAUUGUUCCAAUCUAGAGUCAUUAAAUAUCUAUGAUAAUCAUAUGGUUACCAUUCCAAGUCAUAUUGGAAAUUUAAAGAAUCUUCAGAAACUUGUAUUAUCUCAAAAUAGAAUAGAGUCUUUACAUCAUAUAGUACAACAACAACAACAACAACAACAACAACAACAACAACAACAACAACAACAACAACAACAACAACAACAACAACAACAACAACAACAACAACAACAAUCAGACAAUAACAAUCAAAUAGAAGAUAAUAAUGAUAAUAAUAAUAAUAAUAUAAAUUUAUCUCCAAGAUUAUCAUUAAAUACACUCAAAUCAUUAAGAAUAUUAUUAUUAAGUUCGAAUCAACUCAUAACAAUACCAGAUCUAUCUGGUUUGAAUCUAUUGGAAAAGUUAGUAUUGGAUCGUAAUCAGAUUGUGGAAGUGGUUGGUCCUUUACCAGUAUCUUUGAUGCAUCUAUCGAUAUCACACAAUAAGCUGUCAAAGUUACCGGAUUCUAUUUUGGCGUUGAACAGAUUACAGCAAUUGGAUUUAUCACACAACAGUAUUGAACAUUUAGAUAACAUUUCAACAGCAACAGUAACAACAGCAACCGAUUUCUUAUUGGAGAUAAUCAAUUUAUCAUAUAAUAAGAUAACUACUAUUAGUGAAGGAUUCUUUUCUAGAUAUCGCCAACUGGUUCAGCUUAACUUGGAGUCAAAUCAACUAGAGUCAUUGAACAACUGUGGAUUUGGAGCACAUCAAACUCGUUUACACACGCUUAUACUCUCAAAGAAUAAGUUGACCAAGUUGGAUGACACUCUUAACGAUAUACCAAUGUUGGCUAUUCUCUAUCUCGAUGGUAAUCAACUAAGUACUUUGCCAUUCAGUUGUAGACGUUCUUUGAAUAGCUCGCUCGAGGAGUUUUGUAGAUUAUCAAUUGUAUAG